UCACCUCCAAAAUCUGUCACCCGCAUUACCUCCCUAACCCCCUAUAUAUAGAUCUUCUACCUCCACUGCAUUCCCAUCAGUUAAUCCACACAGCUUAAUCAAGCUAGAGAGAAAGUGUUAGAGAGAUCUCACAGCUUAAUUAAGCGGCGAUGGGAGAAGCUGCAGCCGAUGUGGCCGCGUCGUACGAAGGGUUCUUCGGCGUGGGAGAGUGCAAGGGGCAGGUGGUGAUCGACGGCGAGCAGGUGCCGUUGGUCCUGACUCCGGCCCAGGCCCAGGCCCAGGACCAAGGCGUCGACCACUCGGCCCUGGUAGCGGCCCUGAAGGCCCAGCGCGGGUGGGUGGAGGAGAAGGUGAUUGCCAACAGCGGCGUGCUCCUGCGCGGGUUCGGCGUGCGCGACGCGGCGGAGUUCGACGCCGUCGUGGACGCGCUGGGCUGGGCCGACAUCCGCUACGUGGGCCCGGCUCCCCGCACCCACGUCCACGGCCGGAUCUGGACCGCCAACGAGGGCCCACUGGAGGAGUUCAUCUACUACCACCACGAGAUGGUCCUCAUCAAGGAGUUCCCAGGGUUCGUCAUCCUCUUCUGCGAGACCCCGCCGCCGGAGGGCGGGGAGACCCCCUUUGUGCCCAGCUUCCGCGUCACGGAGCGCGCGCUCCAGGAGUUCCCGGACAUGGUGGAGCAGCUGGAUUCCAAGGGCCUGCGGUACACGUUCACGGCGCUGAGCAAGGACGACACCAAGUCGAUGCGGGGACGCGGGUGGGAGGACGCCUUCGCCACCACCGACAAGGCCGUCGCCGAGCAGCGGGCGAGGGCGCUGGGGAUGGACGUGGAGUGGCUCCCCGAGAAUGGAGGCGUCAGGACGAUCCUCGGGCCGAGGAAGCUCACCAGGGUUUUCCCCGGGAGGAAGGGCCGGAGGAUGUGGUUCAACACCGUGGUCGGGAUGCACGGCAAGGAGCUCAGCUCGGCGGCGUUCGCCGACGGGUCGGAGAUCCCGGCGGACUUCGUGAAGCGGUGCGGGGAGAUCAUCGAGGAGGAGAGCAUCCAGUUCCGGUGGGAGAAGGGCGACGUGCUCAUCCUCGACAACCUCGCCACGCUCCACGGCCGCCGGCCCUCGCUGCCGCCCCGGAGGGUCCUCGUCGCCACCUGCAAGGUCACUACCCCGCUCGAUUGAUAUGCUUGGUUGAUUAAUUAAGCUUGGGACCGAGCUUAAUUGGUUGAACUUGGUUGGUGAAUGGUGAUGGAUGGAUGCUACAUUUGGCUCUUGUAUCAUGGAGCACUCUAGUACUCCUGUUGUCUUGUUUACUACGGAGGGAGAAUAAGAGCUGCAAGGUUUGGUCAAGCCAGUGGGCUUGAUAGUUUAUUAGCAGCCAGAGAGAGAGAGAGGGGAGUGUACUAGUUUUCCCUUCAAUAAUUUUUAUUAUUAAGAGAGAUAUUAUAUGUAUGUAGUAGUUUUGCAUGGAUCGAUCAUCAUGCUGUGUGACAUGCACUAUGAUAUAUGCAAGGUUUGUUUUUCUGCAAGAGACAAGUACUCAUCGAUGUAUGCAGCAGUGCUGUGGAUUUACUCUUUGUUAGUUAUGGGUACAACUUUGUUCUUA